GGGUGCCGCUGCACGCUUUGGCUUUUUCACAUUCUUACGCUCUGUUUAUUCCUCUGAGAAGAAAGCAGCGAGAGCGGAGCCCCGCGCCGAACGCUGCAACGUUCUGAUUUCGAAUUGUAAAAUAUUCUGAAUCGCCCUGCACCAGGAUAGAUAUGCAGAACGUUGGAAUUUGAAAAUAAAAUAGCAGAGAAUUUCUCACCAGUUGGAUACAAUUUCGCGUGCAAAAACAGACUGAUCUGAUUGAGGGCAAGCAAAUUAUUCUGAUUUCAGGAACUGUGAGCGGUAGAUGAAAGCGCCGACGUCGCGGCUGCUCUUUGAUCUGAAAGGAGGCGCAGAAGGAAGGAAAGAAGAAAGAUUGAUUGAUUGAUUGAUUUGGUGGGAAAUUAAGCAACUUUUUAAUAGCGUCUACUAUUCGAACCCUUCUGAUUGAUGGAGAAUCACAGGCCGGGGAUUUUCGGAAUCAAAGCUUUCAAAUUGUGACACUUUGCGCUUUUAUAGCCCAUCUGUCAAUCCACGCGGCGCCUUUUUAGUUUACAGUUCUUGCGCGGAACGGACCUAGCCGAUUUGACUUAUUCUUUGAAGUUUGACGCGCGCACGGUUCGAUCAUGGGCUGCACGGUGAGCGCAGAAGACAAGGCGGCCGCCGAGAGAUCAAAGAUGAUCGACAAAAACCUUCGGGAGGAUGGAGAGAAGGCUGCGAGGGAGGUGAAACUGCUCCUGCUCGGUGCGGGUGAAUCAGGGAAGAGCACCAUUGUGAAACAGAUGAAAAUCAUCCAUGAAGACGGCUACUCAGAAGACGAGUGUAAGCAGUACAGAGCCGUGGUCUACAGCAACACCAUCCAGUCAAUAAUGGCCAUCAUUAAAGCCAUGAGCAACCUCAAGAUCGACUACGGAGAGACCGCCCGAGUGGACGAUGCACGGCAGCUGUUUGCUCUGUCUGCAGCAGCAGAGGAGCAGGGCAUCUUAACUGAUGAUCUGGCCAAUGUGAUCCGCAGACUGUGGGCCGACAGCGGGGUUCAGGGAUGUUUCACCCGAUCCAGAGAAUAUCAGCUCAACGACUCUGCUGCCUAUUAUCUGAAUGAUCUGGACAGGAUAGCACGGGCAGACUACAUCCCCACCCAGCAGGACGUCUUGAGGACCCGAGUGAAGACCACUGGAAUCGUGGAGACACAUUUCACUUUUAAAGAUCUGCACUUCAAGAUGUUUGAUGUGGGAGGUCAGAGGUCAGAGAGGAAGAAAUGGAUCCAUUGCUUUGAGGGAGUAACAGCCAUCAUCUUCUGUGUGGCUCUGAGCGCUUACGACCUGGUGCUGGCAGAAGAUGAGGAGAUGAACCGCAUGCAUGAAAGCAUGAAGCUGUUCGACUCCAUCUGUAACAACAAGUGGUUCACCGAGACCUCCAUCAUCCUCUUCCUCAACAAGAAGGAUCUGUUUGAGGAGAAGAUCACACGCAGCCCUCUCACCAUCUGUUUCCCGGAGUACUCAGGAGCCAAUAAAUACGAUGAGGCUGCCAGUUACAUCCAGACCAAGUUUGAGGACCUCAACAAGAAAAAAGACACAAAGGAAAUUUACACCCACUUUACCUGUGCGACUGACACUAAGAACGUGCAGUUUGUGUUCGACGCCGUCACUGACGUCAUCAUCAAAAACAACCUGAAGGACUGCGGCCUCUUUUAAUGAAGGUGGCCAAGAGAAAGAUGAGGAAGGUGUAAACUGUUCGAUGGAGCUGGUUCUACACGACAUGCUAGACUGCCUCCAACUACCUACAAGAAUCGUAACGGUUUUUAAGUGACAACCUGAAAAAGACUCGUGAAUUCCAGCACACCAUCCUUCUUUCCUGAACCUGAUUUUAAAUCUGUUCUCAAUGUGUAAAUAUUUGAUUUUGCAGUUCUUUUCUGCCAGAAAACAGGUGGAGAGUCAGGUUUAUAUUCUGAUAUUUGUUUGGUUUCUGACAGGUUAGUGUGUGAGGACUUGAAACUCAAUAGCAAAAAGCUUCUUUUGUAAAGUUAAAGUGAGCACAGAAAGAAAACGAGACAUCUCUUCUGUAACACCACUCUGCAUCCCAGGCUCCAGCUGUAUAUUGUUGCAUGACGGAUCUCAUGAAAUUGCUCGCUUGCUCCAAACCAUUCCCUCACGUGUCUCACUCUCUCUACUAGCUUGACUUCGACAGCGUCCAGAAUCGACUAACGUGUAAAAUAUUUAUAUCGGCCCUCGCAUCUCUCCUUCCUGUUGCUGUACCAUCCCUUCUUUUGCGCGAUGUCUGUGCCUUGUUUUCUCUGUCUGUAGAUCAUAGGGCUGUUUUUAUUCAUGCUAUUAAAUGAGAAGUGAAAAGUGUUGAGCACAUUUUAAGAGCUAAAUAAAACUUAGACCACAGUCUUUGGGUUAAUAUCUAAAUACCAUAAAAGAUUUUGUUGGAAAUAAAAGUUGAUAUGUAAGAUAGA